CGCCCGUCUUCUCUACUCCCUCACCACACAAAUUUUUCAUCCUCUCUUCUUGCUCUCGCAGCUACGCGAGUGCACCCAAGAAAAAGAAGAUGCCUCCCAAGAAAGCCGUCGUCGAGGAGAAGAUCCUGCUCGGCAGGCCUGGCAACAGUCUGAAGAGCGGCAUCGUCGGCCUUGCCAACGUUGGUAAAUCCACUCUCUUCCAGGCCAUUACCAAGUGCUCGCUCGGUAACCCUGCCAACUUCCCCUACGCCACCAUCGACCCUGAGGAGGCUCGUGUUAUCGUCCCCGACGACCGCUACGAUGACCUCUGCAAGAUGUAUAACCCCAAGUCGAGGGUGCCCGCCGACUUGACCGUGUAUGAUAUUGCCGGUCUGACGCGCGGUGCCUCGACUGGUGCCGGUCUUGGUAACUCCUUCUUGUCGCACAUCCGCGCCGUCGAUGCCAUCUUUCAGGUUGUGCGCUGCUUCGAUGACGCUGAGAUCAUUCACGUUGAGGGCGACGUCGACCCCAUCCGUGACUUGGACAUCAUCAGCGAGGAGCUCCGUCUCAAGGACAUCGAGUUCACAGAGAAGGCUCUUGAGAACCUCGUCAAGCAGACAAGACGUGGUGGCCAGUCUCUCGAGAUGAAGAAGCUCAAGGAGGAGCAGUCCACCGUCGAGAAGAUCCUCGCUAUGCUCAAGGACGGCAAGGAUGUCCGCAAGGGCAACUGGAGUCCCAAGGAGGUCGAGACCAUCAACCCUCUCUUCCUCCUCUCAGCCAAACCUGUCGUCUACCUCGUCAAUUUGAGCGAGAAGGACUACAUCCGCCAGAAGAACAAGCACCUGCCCAAGAUUGCCGAGUGGGUCAAGACAAACGCCACUGGCGACCCAGUCAUCCCCAUCUCCGUGCAGCUCGAGGAGCGUCUGGCCGUCAUGUCCGACGCUGAGGCUGCCGAGGAGUGCAAGAACAUUGGCACCAAGUCGGCGCUCCCCAAGGUCAUUAUCACCAUGCGCAAGGCUCUUAACCUUGGCAGCUUCUUCACAACCGGCACCGACGAGGUCAGGCAAUGGACGCUUCGUAACGGCACCAAGGCGCCCAAGGCUGCUGGUGUCAUCCACGGCGACUUUGAGAAGACUUUCAUUCAAUGCAUCGUCUACAACUACACCACUCUCAAGGAGCUAGGUGACGAAGCUACCGUCAAGGCCCAGGGCAAGAUCAUGACCAAGGGCAAGGACUACAUCGUCGAGGACGGCGACAUCGUGCUAUUCAAGGCUGGUGCUGCCAAGUCGUAGAAAGACUUUGUGGUUUGUGGUGGAGGCGUCUCGGGUAUGGACGUGGACAAUACCCCCCCCAGUUGUGUGUUACUUGAAAGCGAGCAUCUCCAAAAAGAUACGAAGAAUGAAGAAAUGUCUACUCUAUAUACACUGUCUUUGCGGC